AUGGCCGUGAACAUGGGCAGUCAAUGUGCAACAAAGGGACCCAGUAUCUGCGCCAUUACCAAGGCUGAGCUGGUGCUAAUGAGCCGUUACUCUUUACGUGAGCCAAAUGUUCUUCAAUGUUGCCACUAUGCUCUUAGCGUUCCCAACAUGACAAACCUGCACAAGUCUCUGUGCAGCAGUCCAUCCCACAGUACUCUUUGCAUACCUAUACCGGACGUAGACUGCAAAGUUAAAGCACACAAAAAGCUAAUAGAGAGAGAGAAAACAAAGAAUUCUGCUUGCCAACCAGAGCUUCGUGAACAAUGCCAUUUCAUAUCCAAAGAUGGAAAGUGUAGGAUAGACUUGGCACAUAUGGCUAAGAGAGAAUGGUUCCUGGUUGACAUUUUCAUUUCUUUUGUGGACCUUCAUUAUAAAUGGUUUCUUUUCCUGUUUAUGAUAUGCUACUCAUUCACCUGGUUUAUUUUCACAAGGCUUUACACGCUGAAUGCAUUCUUGCAUGGAGAUCUUGAAGUUCCUGGUAACGCUGAUGUGUGCUACCCAAUAUUUACAUUUAUGCAUUUAGCAGAUGCUUUUAUCCAAAAUGAUUUGCAGUGCAUUCAGGCUACACAUUAUUUUACAGUAUGUGUGUUCCCUGGGAAUAGAACCCACAACUUUUUGUGCUGCUAACGCAAUGCUCUACCAAUGAGCCACAGGAACACUAUAAUAUAAUAAUAUCUGUAAUAUAGACGGAUCUGUGUUAGCAUUGAUCUUCUUGGUAGAAACUCAGAGGACUAUUGGCAAUGGUGCUCGCAUGGU